GAGAGGCGGAGGAGCUGGUGUGCUGCUGCGUUUAGAAAAUGGCUGACAGAUUUUCUAGGUUUAACGAAGAGCGUGAUUUCCAGGGUGGAAAUAGCUUUGACCAAUAUGAGGAGGGCCAGUUGGAGCUGGAGCAGGCGUCCCUGGACAAGCCCAUCGAAUCGCGAAUUGGCCCCUAUUAGCUAAGCAGCAAUGACCCGCCCAGUAUUUUAAAGCCAGGAUAACAUCGGACAUCGGCUGCUUGAGAAACAUGGCUGGAAGUCGGGGCAAGGCCUGGGAAAAACCAUGCAGGCUAUUUGAUCCUGCCCAUGUUGUGCUGAUGGUAAACUUAGUGGACGCACUGACCCUGUGCCCAUCACCCUCAAACAAGAUGUCAUGGGGAUGGGACGCAUGGAGAUGGAGCUUGACUAUGCAGAGGAUGCCACGGAGAAGCGGAGAGUCCUUGAGGUGGAGAAGGAGGACACAGAGGAGCUCCGACAGAAGUACAAGGACCAGGUGGAGAAGGAAAAAGCCAUAGCCAAAGCUCUGGAGGAACUGAGAGCCAACUUCUACUGUGAACUGUGCGACAAGCAGUACACCAAACACCAGGAGUUUGACAACCACAUCAACUCCUACGACCACGCUCACAAGCAGAGGCUUAAAGAGCUCAAACAGAGAGAGUUUGCACGGAAUGUGUCCUCUCGCUCCCGGAAGGGAGGGAAGAAGCAUGAGAAGAUGCUGCGGAGGCUGCAUGAGCUGGCUGAGCAGCGGAAACAACAGGACCGCACCCCGGGAAGCGGCCCCAUGUUCAAGCCCACCACGGUGGAGGUGGACGGCGAGUCGAUGGAGGACGGCGACAGCCCGCCCGCCGAGACCCCGUUCGCCCCGGUCGAGUGCCCGCCCGUCGAGGCGGCGCCCCCCGCCCCGGCGGAGCCCAGUGCCCGGCAGGCCUCGCCCCAGCCCCCCGCCGCCGCCGCGCCCGCCGUCAGCUUCUCCCUGGGCAAGCGGAGCGCCUCCUCGCCCCCGUCGGCGGCCGCCGCCUCCAAGGUCAGCGUGUCCUUCUCCUUCGCCAAGAAGGCGCCCGUGAAGCUGGUCACCGCGGCGGUGGUGUUCUCGGACCACGGCGAGGAGGCGGCGGAGGACGAGGACGAGGACGGCGACAGCCAGCAGGGCGACAAGGCGGGCGCCCAGGAGGAGGCGGCGUCCACCAGCGGCACGGACAGCCCCAAGGGGGGGACAGGGGACGGGGGGGGAGGGGAGGGCGGGGGAGGGGGCGGCGCCAACGAGGGGCCGGAGGCGGCCGCGGCGGCGACGGGGCCGGAGGCGGCGACGGAGGAGGAGGCGUCGCAGCCGCAGGACGACGGCGCCGCCCUGGCAGCCACGCUGAACAAGCUGAAGAUGAUGAUGAGGAGGGAGGAAGGCUACGCCGGCCAGGAGCCCCAGUACUACCACUACACGCCGCCCACCCACUGCCGCGUGAAGCCCCGCUUCCAGUUCCUGCUCUUCAUGAGGGCCACGGACCAGUGUGAACUCAAGGCCGGGGACUACGAAGAGGGGGAGAAGGAGGAGGCGGCGGCAGAGGAGCAGGGGCCCGAGGAGAAGAAGAAGAAAAAGAAGAAGGAGACGGUGAAGGAUAGUCCCGCCGGGCCGGUCACCGCAGAGUCCAACCCUGCAGGGUGCAAGCAGGAGAAGGAGCAGGACGCGGUGAACACCGCCACCAACCCAGAGCCGCCCCCUCCCUCACCCAAGGUGAAGGCGGAGGAGCUCGCAGCCGAGCCCGGCCGGCCCCCUCCCGUACCGGAGAAGGGGCCCAAGCAGGAGGCCGCCGACGCCCACUCGGGCCCGAAGAUCCCCACCGGCCCCUUCUUCCCGGUGCUGAGCAAAGACGAGAGCACCACCCUGCAGUGGCCGUCGGAGCUGCUGGAGUUCACCAAGGCACUGCCCUCCCUGUCCUACAGCUGCAACCCGCUUUAUUUUGACUUCAAGCUUUCCCGGAACAAAGGAGCGCGUGGUGGGAAAGCUGCGAAGUCCGCAAAACCAUGCGAGGAGGCGGCGGUGAAGGGGGCCGAGGCGGCGCCCCCCACCGCCGACGGGGAGGCGACGCCGGCCCGCCCGGGGCCCAGCGCGGACAAGGAGCAACCCGCGGCGAAGGGGGACGACGGCGCGCGGGCGGAGGGUGACGAGCCGGCCACGGCGGUCGACGGCAGUGCCGCCGCCAAGAAGAAGAAGAAAAAGAAGAAGCACAAGAAAUCCGGCAAGCAUUCCAAACACAAGGAGAAGGGCACGGCGGAGGACGGGGCGGCGGAGGCCGACGUCGCCGGGCAGAAACCCAAGAAGAAGAAGAAACACAAACGGAAGAAGAGCCGCAACAAGGUGGAGGACAAGGAGGAGGACGCGGCGGCCAAGGACAAGGAGCCCAAGCCCAAAGCGGAGGACAAGGUGGUCGCCUCCUCUGUCCCCCCGCCGCUCGCCACAGCAGUCCCCGCCGGCCCCUCCGGGACGGAGCCCGGCAAGAGGAAGCGUCCCGCCAAGGAGGCCCCCGCGAAGCCGUCCGCAGCGGAGGAGGAGGACGGCUCCGGCAAGGCCCCCGACGCCAAGGCCGGCGGCCCCGAGGAGCACAACGGCACCAAGAGGCAGAAGACGGACCCCGCCGCCCCCCCGAGCACCUCGUGUGCGGCGGCGGCCCAGAAGAGCACGGGCCCCGGGCGGCCCCCCAGCAGCGAGAGCGAGGACGAGGGCGGCGCCAAGCGGCCCCGCCACCACCGCUCCAGCCCCCGGGAGCAGCGGCCCCACCGCAGCCAGGACUCGGGCCGCUCCCGCAGCCGCUCCUCCCGGCGGGACGGGGAGCGGCGGAGCGGAGGGGGCGGCGGCGGCGGGGGCCGGCGGCGCCCGCACGGCCAGGCGUCCCGCAGCCGCUCCUACUCCAGCAGCUCGGACCGCAGCUCGGCGGCCAGCAGCGGCUACAGCCACCGCAGCCGCAGCUACUCGGACAGCUACAGCGGCUACAGCACGGGCGGCCGCCGCCGCCGCCGCCGGCGCUCCAAGCGCUCGUCGGACUCGGAGUACGAGCGCCGCGGCGGCGGCGGCGGCCACCGGCGCUCCCGCCGGCGCCACUACUCCACCUCGUCCUCGGACGACUCGCGCUCGCGCUCCCGCAGCCACGGCGCCCGCCGGAAGAGGCGGGGCCGGCCGCGGGCCAAGCGCAGCAGCUCGCGCAGCUCCAGCAGCCGGAGCCGCAGCAGCAGCAGCAGCGCCCGCUCCUGGCGCCGCAGCUACAGCCGCAGCCGCAGCUCGGCCAGCCGCUCCUCGGGCUUCUCCGCCAAGGCCUCGCCGCGGCGCGGCGGGGCCCGGAGCCGCGCCCAGAGUGCCGAGCGCCGCCGCGACUUCAACCGCUCGCGCAUCUACCGCUCGCAGUCGCCCCGCUCGGCGCGCGCGGCCGGCCGCAGCGGGCACGCGCCGUCGGCCUCGCAGGGCCCCCACCGCACGGGGCCGUCCCGGGACGCCGGGGACCAGAGGAACUCCCUCACGGCCCGGCAGCUCCUGGAGAAGGUGCAGUCCAAGAGGGGCGGCGACGACCCCCCCGCGGGGAGCAAGGCCGGCGGGAAGAUCAAGGACCCCCCGCAGGGCUACUUCGGUCCCAAGCUGCCCCCCUCGGCAGGGGGCAAAGCCAUGCUGCCCCUGUUCGGCAAGCUCCAGUCGGGGAAGAGGCCCGCCAUCAUCCCCCUCAUCAGGCCCGGCGACGCCGACAAGCCGCCGGGGGCGAAGGCCCCGGAGGCCGAGAGAGAGGUCAUACUGGUGGAGCCCAUCAGGGAGUUCCCCCCUCCGCCCCCACCGCCCGCAGCCCCCGUAAAGAAGGCGGAGGUCCCCGUGAGCUCUGCGGUGGCGCCGGAGGAGACGCCGCGGCCCUGCGCCGACCCCCAGCUCCUCCUCGACGCCCAGCCCGCGUUCGAGCAGGAGGCCAUCCCGCUGAUGGCGCACUACCCGGGGGAGCCGGGCCAGGACAUGCCCCAGGGCGCCAUGCUGGAGCCGCUCCUGGCCGACAUGCCGCCGCCGCAGCAGCAGCAGCACCCCCCGAUGCAGCACGGCUACCCCUCCUACCCUCCCCCCAGCCUGGAGGACGAGUGCAUGGACCCCGAGGAGGACGGCCUGGCCCCCCUGGAGAGCCAGCCCAUCACCUUCACCCCCGAGGAGAUGGAGAAGUACGGCAAGCUGCAGCAGGCGGCGCAGCAGCACAUCCAGCAGCAGCUGAUGGCCAAGCAGGUCAAGACGUUCCCCUCGGCGGCGGCCGCGGCGGCGGCGGCUGCGGCGGCGGCGGCGGCCAGCCUGCAGCCGCAGCCGCAGCAGAUGCAGCAGAUCCACAUCCAGCAGCCGGCCGUGUCGAUGGCCUCGGCCACCUCCAUCACCACGGUGCAGCACGCCAUACUGCAGCACCACGCCGCCGCCAUGGGGCUCCACCCCGCGCACGCCCACCACGCCCACCACGCCCACCACGCUCACCCCGCCCACCCCCAGCUGGCCCAGGUGCACCACAUCCCCCAGCACCACCUCACACCCAUCUCCCUGUCCCACCUGGGCCACUCUCUGGGCCACUCCCUGCAGCACUCCCUGGGUCACACCCUGGGACACUCUCUGGGACACUCGAUAGGGCACGGCCUGAUCCCCGCCCACCACACCGCCUUCCUCUCCGGCCAGCCCAUACACAUCAUCCCCGCCUCGGCGCUCCACCACACGCCCAUGGCCCUGCACCACAUGCCCCACGCCGCCCUCUACCCCACCCUCUUCGCCCCCCGGGCCUCGCAGGCCGCGGCAGCUGCCGCCCUCCAGCUCCACCCUCUACUCCACCCGAUAUUCUCAGGGCAGGACCUACAACACCCUCCAAACCACGGCUCGUGAGGAAAGAGGUGACGGUGGAUUUUGGGUGGGGGAGAUGAAAUGUAGGUAACGCACCUGACGAGGGUGGGGGGGAGGGGGGGGGAAAGGAGGGAUUGAGCUGAGAGGUCCGGGGUGGGGGGGACCCCCUCCGAUGUGAGGGUGGCGGCCCACCGGCGGCUGGUGCUCGGUACAAACCACCACCUGGAUCGAGGUGCACUGCGCAGCCAGACAGCGGUUUACGCAUCGUUAAAAAGGGUCAAAAUGAACACUAUUACAUGCUUCUGGCUGCAAAGAUCAUUUCUAUUCACGGUAAUGGCAACACUUUACCCGUUAUGUUUUUACACUGGGUGCUCUAAACGUGGACUCUAGGGUAUAUUUGGACAAGCUUGUUUAUUAAUGUUGAAACAUACGUGAAAGGAACCACUGGAGUAUUUCGUUUUUUUUCCUCAAACCGUUAAAAGGAUGAUUGUCGUUUUACAAUGCUGUUAACCAUUUCCUACAGCCCAAAAUAAGAGUGGCCCGCAAUGGCUGAGGCGAUUCAGCAGAAUCAUGUUGUAGGAAAAGAUUGAGAUCAGCACAAAGCGUAGGAAGACUGGGAAGAUGCCGCUUCUGUAAUGUACCCCGAUGUCUCUAGCGAGCCGUGACUUAGCGUCUACUGGAUAUUGAGUUAUGUUGCAGCAAGUCAACCUGGUUUAUAUAUUGGGCCACCCGGAGGGGCUGUCUAGCUAAAUAACAAUUGCUAAAAGUUAAGUUGUAAAUAAAAUCGGUGUGUAAUGUGAAAAAAAAAGAAAAUCCCACCAAUAUGACGCCCGUAAUAACUUUUAUGCAGUGGUGCCCAUGUUGGUCUGAGUUGUCACAUGAAUGAGUAAUUGUUUUUCAUUUUUUUUCUGAAUUAAUUGAGGAAAUAACUUUUCUAGGUAGUCCCCCUACCACCCUGGUUGCUGGGAGAUGAAGGUCCUUUUCCCAGGGCCAAUAGGAGGCGAUGGUGGUUGGGGAAGGGGCGGGGGGGGGGACACCUGACUUGCACUGACAUCUGUACGUCAAGAUGCUCCUUUUUGCAUCAUGUAACAAUGAUUGUAGUAUACUGCAAUAAUUGUAUUUUUCUUGUUUUUAAGUUAUUUUCCAAAAAUGCUCUUUAAAAGAUAAAAAGGCUCAAUUUAGCUUUUUGUGUAAUUUUGUAAAUACAAUUGCUGCAUUUAAAACAUUAACAUUCUAGGGAGUAGGAGCUACUAUUGGAAAGGCAGGGUGAUAAACAACAUUGAAGAAUGGACACAUGCAUGUGUAAUUUAUUGAGGUAUUUUCCAAACUCUUUGCUAAGGCCGGCGAUGUCGAAGGAUACCGAUUUGUAAAACAGUAGCGAGGUUUUGUUUUUUUAAUCUUACGCUUGUGCAAAUAAAAUCUUUUUUGAGUUUC